AAUUGACACCGAACGGUGAGGUAGGCUCUUUUUCUGUUUUCGUGAAAAAUAAGCACUGAAAACAGACACAAUUCGUUACAAAUUACUAUCACAAUUAUUUUUGAUGCCUAUAAUUUACUGAGGCGUACAGCGCAGGGGUGUAUCGGCGCACAGUGACCAACAGCGAUGGUAAUGGAGGCGUCCCCGUCCCCGCAGAGCGUCGGCCGCGAGUUUGUCCGCCAGUACUACACGUUGCUCAACAAGGCGCCCGCCCAUCUGCACAGAUUUUACAACAACUACUCGUCGUUCGUGCACGGCGGGCUGGACGCGCCCAACCGCGAGACCUUGCCCGUGGUCGGCCAGAAGCAGAUCCACAACCGCAUCCAGCAGCUCAACUUCCGCGACUGCCAUGCUAAGAUCAGCCAGGUGGACGCGCAGGCGACGCUCGGCAACGGCGUGGUGGUGCAGGUGACGGGCGAGCUGUCGAACGGCGGCGCGCCCAUGCGCCGCUUCACGCAGACCUUCGUGCUCGCCGCGCAGUCGCCCAAGAAGUACUACGUGCACAACGACAUCUUCCGCUACCAGGACAUCGUGUUCUCGGACGAGGAGGGCGAGGGCAGCGGCCGCUCGGAGGGCGAGGAGGAGGAGGGGCCGGCGGGCGGCUACUUCCCCGGCGGGUUCGCCGCGGCGCCCUUCCCCGCGCCGCCCGCGCCCCCGCACGCGCUCGUGUCGCCGCCCGCGCACCUGAGCCCCGCGCCCCCGACGGCGCCCCCGGCCGCGCCCGCCGCGCCCCCAGCUGCGCCGGCGCCCGCGCCCGCGCCGCACCUCAACGGCCACCCGCAUGAGGACCCCACGCGGCACCUCGUCGCCGCUCUGCAAGGCGCAACAGUAUCAGGCGGUGCGGGUGCAGCGGGUGUGAGCGCUGCGGAGGCGCAGAGCCCCGAGCUGAGCGAGCCGCAGCCCGAGCCGGAGCCCGAGCGAGAGCCUUCGCCGCCACCGCAACCUGCAGCGCCGCAAGCGCCGGCCGAGCCGAAGACGUACGCGAACCUGCUGAAGUCGGGCAGCCGCUCGUCGCCCCCCGCCCCCGCGCCCCCCGCCCCCGCCGCGCCCCCCGCGCCCCUCGACCCGCGCCCGCCCCGCCGUGACCAACGGGACUCGCGGGACGGGCGGGACGGGCGCGAGUCGCGGCGCUACUCGGACUCGCAGCAGCUGUUCCUGGGCAACCUGCCGCACUCGGCCACGGAGGAGGAGCUGCGCGCGCUGUUCGGCCGCUUCGGGCCCGUGGCCGAGCUGCGCGUGCACAGCAAGCCGGCCGCGCCCGGCGCCCCAAGACACCCCAACUACGGGUUCAUCACCUACGAGACGCCGCAGGCCGCCGCCGAGUGCCUCAACGCCGCGCCGCUGUUCUACCCGGCGGAGAGCGGCGAAGGGUGUGAGCGCGUGAAGCUGAACGUGGAGGAGAAGAAGGCGCGCCGCGGGGAGGCGCCGCGCCGCCGCCCGCCCUCCGCGCACCGCGCCGCCCCGCGCCAGCCCUACCGCCGCUAGCCCGCACCCCCGUGGCAGGCGCCGGCGUGGCCCCCCGCCCCCGCCCCCCGCCCC